CGCCGGACUGACGCCCGCCUUCGCCCGCCAUGGCCGAGAGCGACUGGGACACGGUGACGGUGCUGCGCAAGAAGGGCCCCACGGCCGCCCAGGCCAAGUCCAAGCAGGCUAUCUUAGCGGCACAGAGACGAGGAGAAGAUGUGGAGACUUCCAAGAAAUGGGCUGCUGGCCAGAACAAACAACAUUCUAUCACCAAGAACACAGCCAAGCUGGACCGGGAAACGGAGGAGCUGCACCAUGACAGGGUGACCCUGGAAGUGGGCAAGGUGAUCCAGCAGGGUCGGCAGAGCAAGGGGCUUACACAGAAGGACCUGGCCACGAAAAUCAAUGAGAAGCCACAGGUGAUCGCGGACUAUGAGAGCGGACGGGCCAUACCCAAUAACCAGGUGCUGGGCAAAAUCGAGCGGGCCAUCGGCCUCAAGCUCCGGGGAAAGGACAUUGGAAAGCCCAUCGAGAAGGGGCCUAGGGCGAAAUGAACACAAAGCCUCGAAAUCAGUGCGCUCCAGCUGAUCUCGUUCUGCCGGUUCCCCUUGACCGCCAGCACCGCCGUGGGUCUCCUCACGGCCAAACGGAACAAGG